AUGGCCACGCCCCCUGGGGCCGGUCCCGCCGCUCUUCGCUUCGCAGCCGCUGCCUGCUGGCAAGUCGUGCGCGGACGCUGCGUGGAGCAUUUUCCGCGAGUAUUGGAGUUUCUGCGAUCCCUGCGCGCUGCUGCCCCCGGCUUGGUUCGGUACCGGCACCAUGAACGCCUGUGUAUGGGCCUAAAGGCCAAGCUGGUGGUGGAUAUGAUCCUGCAGGGCCGGCCUUGGGCCCAGGUUCUGAAUGCCCUGCAUCGCCACUUCCCAGAGUCUGGACCUGCAGUGCGGGACCCCAAAGCCACAAAGCAGGAUCUGAGGAAGAUCUCAGAGGCUCAGGAAACCUUUUGCCAGCAGGUGAAGCAGCUGGCAGAAGCCUCUGUUGAUUUGGCUUCGAAGCUACAGGAACUUGAACAAGAGUACGGGGAACUUUUUCUGGCUGCCAUGGAAAAGCUGUUUUUUGAAUACCUGUGUCAGCUGGAAAAAGCACUGCCUACACUGCAGGCACAGCAGCUUCAGGAUGUGCUGACUUGGAUGCAGCCUGGAGUUUCUAUCACUUCUUCUUUUGUCUUGAGCCAAUAUGGUGUGGACAUGGGGUGGCCACUUCCAGAGUGCUCUGCUACUGAUUCAAUGAACACGACAGAGCCCAUGGAGCAGAGUCCUCCUCAGCAACCAACACCAGCACUCCACGACCCUCUGCCAAAAGCCCAGCCUGGCCCACACCUUCCUCAGGGUCCAGCCUCAAGGAAGCACCCGGAACCUUUGACUGGCCACCAUUUCAAUCUGGCCCCUCUAGGCCGGCGAAGAAUCCAGUCCCGGUGGGCAUCCACUAGCAGAGGCCAUAAGGAGCGCCCCACAGUCAUGCUGUUCCCCUUUAGGAAUCUGGGUUCACCAACGCAGGUCAUAUCUAAGCCUGGGAACAGGGAAGAACAUGGGACACACACAGCAGAUCCAGCAGGUGCUGUGGGCACCAGAGCAGCCUCGACUGGCAAGUCUAGGAGUCCGUCCAAGACCCUGGGAGGAAGGGCUCUGAAGGAGAACCCAAAUGACUUGUCUGCCUCAGAGCAAAAGGAGAACUGCUUGGAUUGCCCCAUGGAACCCCUGAGAUUGUCAUUAUCGCCUCCUAGGGCCAGGAAGUCAGUGCGUCCUCCAUCUCUGUGCAGCUCUGACAUUACUAUAGGGGACCUGGUUUUGGACUCCGACGAGGAAGAAAAUGGCCAAAGGGAAGGAAGGGACUCUCUGGAAAACUAUCAGAAGACAAAGUUUGACACCCUGAUCCCCACCUUCUGUGAAUACCUCCCCCCUUCUGGCCCCAGUGGUGUGUCUGUCUCUCUUCCUAACCAUACAGACAGUUCUAGACUGCUGUGA